UGUGUGUGUGUGUGUGUGUGUGUGCGUGUGUGUGUGCUCGUGUGUGAGACAGAGCAGUCAGUGAGCAGAAAGACUGGAUGUUUGAAGCUGAACACAAGCUCUGGACUCUCAGAGGUUACAGUGUUUGUGCAAGAACUGAACGCAGUAACUACAGUAUGGGACCUACUUCCUGGAGCCUUUGUAUUCUCUUCUGUGCUUGGACAUGGGGGCAAAGUAUGGGCUUUUCACGGAGACGGAGGGCCUGGGAGGAAAAGGGAGAUGAUGGUCCUAAAAAGUGCUCAUACACCUUCCUGGUCCCUGAGCAGAAGAUCACAGGGCCCAUCUGUGCAAGCCGUGGACCCUCACUUCCAGACAAGGAUCGCGUAAACAGGAUGGACAUAGCAGAUGUCCGUGAGCUGAUGUCUAAGCAAAGACGUGAGAUAGACACCCUGCGGAUGGUGGUGGAUGUGGAUGGCAACAUGGUCAGUGAGAUGAAACUUCUGCGUAAGGAGUCUCGCAACAUGAAUUCCCGUGUCACACAGCUCUACAUGCAGCUUCUGCAUGAGAUCAUUCGCAAGCGGGAUAAUUCGCUGGAGCUUGCACAACUUGAAAGCCGCAUUCUCAAUGCCACAACAGAGGCUUUGCGGCUCUCUUCCCGCUACAGGGAUCUCGAGGCCCGAUUCUCCACCCUUGCUGCUGUGGUUAAUAACCAGUCCGUUCUGAUUGGUGCUCUGGAAGAGAGGUGCCUGCAGGUGUAUGGGAAUCACAGGCAGGAGCCACUUCCUCCGCCUCUGGUUCAGGUGGUUCCAGAGAACAUUCCAGUGCAAGUACCCCGUUUUUCCAAUGAGAUCCAGAGGGUCCACAGUCGGGCUUUCCCCAGAGAGAGAGGUUCCAGAGCAGGACCAGAACCCACUGAAAGUACACUGGAACUCAAGCGACCUCUGAGUGGCAACUUUAGCUCUGAAGGUCCUUUCCGUGACUGCCUUCAUGCUAUGCAGGCUGGACAAGCCACUAGUGGAAUGUACCUUCUUAAACCAGAUGAAAGUGCCGGGCUGAUGCAAGCAUGGUGUGAACAAGAUGUGGACAAUGGAGGCUGGACCAUCAUCCAGAGAAGGAAGGAUGGAUCUGUUAACUUUUUCAGAAACUGGGAGAGUUAUAAGCAAGGUUUUGGCAACAUAGAUGCCGAACACUGGCUGGGUCUGGAGAAUAUUUACAACUUAGGCAAGCAGGGAGAUUACAAGUUGCUGGUGGAGCUUCAGGACUGGAUGGAAAAGAAGGUGUAUGCAGCCUACAGCAGCUUCCAUCUGGAACCUGAAAGUGAAGGGUACCGCCUGCGUCUGGGCACUUACCAAGGCAAUGCUGGGGAUUCUUUAACCAGCCACAACGGCAAACAGUUCACCACGCUGGAUCGAGACAAGGAUGCUUUCUCAGGAAACUGCGCUCACUUCCAUAAAGGAGGUUGGUGGUACAACGCAUGUGGUCAGACCAAUCUCAAUGGUGUGUGGUACUCUGGCGGUGUGUAUCGCAACAAGUUCCAAGACGGCAUCUUCUGGGCAGACUAUGGAGGAGGAUUCUACUCCAUGAAAGCUGUGCGCAUGAUGAUCAGACCUAUUGACUGAAGCAGAAACAAAUCAAAACCUGAACUAUGUGUGACAGAUCCGUCUCAGUGCGAUUGCACUGACAAAACAGGAACUUUAGAUGAGCUGGGGGAGAAUUCUCGAAUCUGCUUUUAAGUAGCUAAACUUUAUCAGCUUUACAAAACCAGAUCUUUGGAGGUUCUCCUGCACACAAGGCCUUGUGUCAAACUGCAUCAUGAUUAGACACUAAAUCAAAAGUGCAUGGUUGUAUUUCUCCAUAGGGGACUGUUAAUAUGUCAUUGUGGAUAGCUUAGUGAUUGUUUGUGAAAUCAUUCAUUUUUUUUCUUUUAUUAUCCUUCCUCUUUUCCUGCCGGGGGUUGUGGUCAUGACAGCCCAAGAAGGUCAGCAGAUGUUUAAAUGUAAUAAAUUUUUUAUUUGUAUAGCACUUU